ACUUUGCUUUAUCACUCACCACCUUCUUUCUUCUUCUACUUCUUCAUCAUUCUUUCUCUGUUUUUUUCUUGUUUUGCUCGUUCUCUGCACCGUUUUUUCUUUUCUUUUUCACAUUUGCAUGGCAGUGAGCUUGUUGGCGCAUGAGGUAUCGGACCUCUGUCUGGCCAAACCGGCACUGAGGUCUCUCUCUGUCUCUGCCACCGUCGCUGAAGCCUUGACCGCUCUCAAAAACUCCGACGACACAUCCAUCAGUGUAUGGGAUUGCAACCAUUCUUCUUCUUCCAAAUCAGCAGGUAACAACGUCUCCGCCGUUGACGGCAUCGGAAACAACGGUGGUGGUGGUGGUGAGUGCCGGUGUGUAGGCAAAAUUUGCAUGGUGGAUGUGAUAUGCUUUCUGAGCAAGCCACAGAAUUUGUUGUCUCCUUGUGAUGCUCUCAAGGCACCUGUCUCUGAUCUUUUACCGAAGAUUCCAGGCCUCGUGAUGCAUGUUCAGCCUUCUUCCAGCUUACUGGAAGCCAUUGAUCUAAUCCUACAAGGGGCUCAAAACCUGGUGGUUCCAAUCCAAACAAGAUUGAGUUCAAGAAGAAAGCAAUACCCAAAACCUUCAACCAACUCAACCACCAUUACCGUCCACAACGGCCGCGAAUUCUGCUGGUUAACCCAAGAAGACGUAAUCCGAUUCCUUCUCAGCUCCAUCGGACUCUUUUCCCCAAUUCCUGCUCUCUCAAUCGACGCUCUUGGAAUCAUCACCACCGACUUCUUGGCCACCGAUUACCACUCUCCGGCGAGCUCUGCUCUCGACCUCAUCUCCCACUCCCUCGCCGACCAAACCUCCGUCGCUGUCGUCGAUUCCGACGGAACCUUGAUCGGCGAGAUCUCGCCCUUCACUCUUGCUUGCUGCGACGAGACGGUGGCCGCCGCCAUCGCAACGCUCUCCUCCGGCGACCUGAUGGCCUACAUUGACUGUGGAGGUCCGCCGGAGGAUUUAGUCAGGGUUGUGAAGCAGAGGCUGAAACAGAGGAAUCUGGAAGGGAUGUUGGAGGAGUUCAGCAUCAUGUCGUCGCCGGCAGGUGGGAACCCACCGUCGUCUUCGUCGGAUGAAGAGUCUUCAAUGUCUCCGACGACGACAUUGCCGAGGUCCGCGAGGUACAGCAGGUCGAGUAGCUACUCGGCGAGGAUGGUGAGGAGGGCUGAAGCCAUCGUUUGCCAUCCCAAGAGCUCGCUUGUGGCGGUGAUGAUUCAGGCUAUAGCUCACCGUGUGAACUAUGUGUGGGUUAUUGAAGAUGAUUGUAGCUUGGUCGGAAUUGUUACAUUUUCCGAUAUGUUGAAAGUUUUCCGGGAACAUUUGGACACUUUGGCAUAGUAAAAACCGGUAGGGAAAAGUGGGAGACUUUGAAAGCUUUUUGGGUCAUGCUUGGUAAAUCAAAUAAUAAAAAACAUUCCAAAAAAAAUAAAAAUUGUAAUGCUAAUGAAAUAUGAAAAAGUGCUGUGAAUAGGAGAGACUUUCUUGUUUUCCUAAGAUUAAAUUUGGGUUUGAAGUUGGGAAUUUGUUUUUUAAUUUCUUUUCUAUAUUUUUAUAUUUAUUUUUUGGAUUUGCUAUGUUUGGCUUUUCAUAAUAUGAGAAGGAAAACCAGGCACAGCCAGAUUUUUCA